AUGACAGAUAAUCAAUACGAACUUGUUCAACAUUGUAUAAAAACUGAGCAAUAUUUCACAAUAAAAAUCUAUAGUUGUUAUUUUUUAUUUCAUCGUAAUAUCAUUCAACGUUCACAUAAUCGUGAAUUACGUUUAGAAUUACCCAGAGCUAUGAUUAAAAAAUUCUUUGGUUCAAAUCCAGUAACAGUGAUAGAUGUAACAAGUACGUGCCAUGUCGAUCCAUCACUCUAUGACAUAAUUAUAUUUGCUGAUAAAUCAGCUAUUUAUACCCGAAGAAAAUCAUUAUCUGAAAAAGACAAUAUUGAACGAUCUGUACGCACAGUAAAAAAACGAAAAGUACUUCCCUAUUAUGUACAUGCCGACUUAGAAUUAUUGAGAUGUUGUGGAAUGUCUCAAAAUGAAAUUGAUUUAUUUAUUAAAAAGCUUGACGACAAUAAGGAGAAAAUCGAUUUAUUUAAUUCAAAUAAAUAUGAUCGAAUUCUUCAGAAAAUUAUCGAUUUUUCUGAUAUAUCAACAAGAUUAAACUGUAGAUUGGUAUCUAGAAAGUGCAAAGCAUUUGUUGAUUUGUCAUCAUCGUGGCAUUAUUUACGUUUGUCGAAAUUAAAUCAAUAUGUUAAUCGUGCAUUAAGCUAUUUUCAAAAGAUUAAUAUUCGUGAAUUGGACCUCUCACAAUCAGUAUUUGAAGCAUUUAAGUGUGAAAUCACAAAUUAUAUAUUAUUGUUUUCAUUACGAUCACUUUUUAUAUCAACUGAUCACUCAUUAGAAGUCUUCACUUUACUAUUUCGAAUAGCACCUUUCUUGCAAUAUAUUAAUCUUAUUCAAAAAGUUGACUCAUCAUCAAAUAUCAAAACUGAUCAAUUGUAUGAUCACAUUAAAUGCAUUAUAUGCUUAUGUCAAAAUAAUCUAAAAUGUUUACGUCGAUUACAUAUUCAACUUCUGUCUACAUCCGAUCAGAUAUUUUUGGAAUCUUCGGCGGUUACUUCAAUACCAAUAUCAUAUGAAAUUAUUAAACGUUAA